GGUUGUCAAGUGCUCCUGGCAGCCUGUAUCGAAGCAUUCGGAAGAUGAGCUUUAUCGCCUAGCCAGUCAACGAGGGGUGAAGGGUUUGGUGACUCUUCACGCCUCAUGUACAGCUUCCUCACUGUCCGAGGGCGUACGCGGUGAUCUCUGUGGAAUUCAGUUCUAUCAGGACCGCGAGUUGCGAGUACAGGUAUUGAGUCCAUUCUGUAUACCACUUUAUACGGUAAAGGAUUCGGAUGCGUUCCGAGCGGCCUUCAUCUCAUUAGUGGAAGCACACCAUGAACUCUACGAAAAGCGACCAAACCAGAGGGAUCCUCAUCGACCUCGACAUGGCAGUACGGGAUCGAAAUCCCGAUACCGGAGAGACUCUCAAUGUUCCUGUGCUUCCUGGUGGUACUGUACCAUUCCGGUCAAUCGAUCUCUGCUACCCAGACCCCCUCCCUCGUGCAAUUUAUCGCCACGGCUUGGAAUCGUUCUUUUACGUGCUUUUUUUAAUAUGUUAUCAACGCGCAAACAUUCCAGAGAAGCGAGAUUAUUUCUCUUACUGGAACUCCGGGACCUGGACAGAUAUACGCACACACAAAGAAGGGUGGUUGUCGAUUGCAUUCUCGGACCCAAUUCCCGACGCAGUGCCGCUUGCUACCACUUGGUUACAACCUCUUCGGCUGGCAUUUCGUGGCGCCUAUUCAGCAAGAAACCGAAUGAACAGGAGUCUGCUGCUUGGAGUGUCACCUCAGACUCCCUUCAACGACGAAACUCUAGAUAAUCAUAUCAUAUAUGAGAAAUUUAUGGCUAUCCUGAAUCCUCCUAACCUAUGAUGUAAUUACUGUAUGGCAAGCUUUAUCGUAGC